CUCAUGACAAGUUCAGCCGGAAUUCAGUUAUCUCUUCCCACAGUUCCCUUCCCAACUCCCACGUAGGAAGUCUGGCAGUAUGAGGCACUUUCGUUGUAUUUGUCUAAUUCCUACCAUCGUUCACCUUGUAGGCGCCUUUGGAAACUUCCAUGGUGGGUCAAAUGGGUUUGGAUUUGAGGGAGCCAGAGGUCAUGCACCUUCCAUAGCCAGAAGCUCGGAUCAAAAUGGCUUUGGGGGUAAAGGAGGGUCUGGGUUCGCGAACUCCCAAGGGAAUGGACAAAGUAAUACUCAUGGGCCAUAUCGAAUCGACUCCAUCGUUAAUGCUAUAAACUCGGCUGACGAGCAAGUCCACACCGUCAAUCUUGCUAUACGAAGCAUCAAGACCGGUGGCACCAUUGAACACCUCGACUCGACAUUACAAUCGUUAACAUCCACCAUCAAAACAACUUCUCAUCACAUUGCCGGGGCUGAAUCAUUCAAGUCCGAAGACGUUCGAUCUCUAAAGGCAGCUAUCCAACCCCUUCAUAAAUCCAUCGGCUCACUUGUCACUCAAUUAGUGGCAAGGAAAGAUACAAUCGCAAGACUCUGCGGGUGUCGUGCUGUACAGGGCGCUGUAAAUCAAAUACGAAGCUCGACCCGAGUCAUGUUCGACGGUAUCAAGAACCACAUAGGUUCAGGCAGUUCUGCCCAUGGUAUCCAAGGAAGGCAUGGCUUCAGCGACUUACAUUCCUUGGAUUCAGGAAUAGCCAGCUUUCUCAAUCACGGAUCUAAUGCUUUUAGCUUCGGUAAUUGUAUUGAUGCCGGAAACGCCCCAGCAUUUACCUCAUUUGCGUUGCAAGCUACACCUACAUUUGCUGCUCCGCCUGAAACCGUAGGCGGCGGGUUAGGACCAACGGCCCCAGCGGGCCCCGAUGAAGGCGAAGGUGAAGCUGGAAACACUUUCGGUCCCGCAAACACUGAUAACUAACGUCUUCACAACUUCAGCCCCUGCUUCACCCACAAUAAUAUUCACAACAAUCUUUAUAAGUUCCCCAAUCC